GUACACCAUGUGUUGAUAACGAAGAGGUUAUGUUUGAAAAACUUGCAAUUGCAUCAACUUGUAUCAACUUAUCAACAAAAUAAGUCCAAUUGGAACUUGUUCUAAACAGUGCAUAGGCCAUGAAGGUCAAACUAUGGAUUGAGACAUCGCCUCCAAAGCACAAGAUGGGACAGUGGAUAUCUACAGUUGUGGUAUCUUGCUGUUUCUUCACAUCUGGAAUGGCGAUUGCAUGGACAUCUCCAGCAUUCUUGAAAAUCAAACAAAAUAAAGUGGAUAUCACUUUGGACCAAUACCAGAUGUCGCUGAUAGCAGCGAUACCAUUCGCAGGCAGGUUCUUCUCUCCUCUUCCGAUGAGUUACGUGAUGGAUUUCACCGGAAGGAAAUCGGCUCUGAUUUUCGGAAGAAUCCUGAAUAUGGCGCACUGGAUCAUGAUCUACUUCUCUCACAAUAUCUAUGUUCUCUAUUCGGCGAGGCUCAUCAACGGAUGGUAUUCGGGGAUGGCCCUUUUCACCAUUCCGGUCUACAUCGGAGAGACCACUCACAAGACUAUCAGGGGGCGGGCUCAAGGAGUCAUGAACAUUCAAUUUUUACUAGGCGUCGUGUUCGAGAGUGCCGUAGGAGCGGUUCUCUCCUAUGACGAUCUCAUCCUUUAUUCGGGAAGUCUGGAUUUGUUCUUUUUCGUAUUCAUGUUUAUGAUACCUGAAUCUCCAUAUUAUUACAUGAUGCAUGGCCAUUACGACGAUGCUACUUCAAGCCUUCAAUGGUUACGUGGUAGGGGAGAGGACAUUUCGAAGGAAUACAGGAAAAUCGACAAGAAUAUGAAGCUGCAGUUAGAGAAAGAGAGUAAUAUCGUCGACAUCUUCAAGACCAGGCCAACGCGAAAAGCCAUUAUUAUCGUGAUAUCGCUGAUGAUAAUACAGCGGAUGUCAGGCAUGACAGCUAUCGUCUCUUACGGCAGCUUCAUCAUCCCAGAGACUUCUUGGCUGUCGAGCGAAAAAGGCCCGGUAGUGCUCAACUGUACCUACCUCGUGGUAUGUGCGAUAUGCGGAUACUUCGUCGACCACUGGGGUCGCAAAAACUUUCUUAUCCUCUCCAGUUCAGGCACCACUGUCUUCAUGCUCGGCUGCUUGGUCUGGUUCUACCUGGAUUAUAGUAAGUCCUACGACCUUUCUGGAACUGAAUGGGUGGUCAUCAGCUGCCUGAUCCUUCAAGCAGCGUUCUACUCCACAGGGUACUUCUACAUCCCCUCGCUUGUCAUGUCUGAACUGUUCCCUAUGAGAGUGAAGGCUAAAGCGAACGCUAUCGGUGCUAUGGUAGCAGUUCUCUUCUCCAUAUUAGUCGUUUAUACCUUCCUUCCUCUUUCAAACGCUUAUGGAAUGUACACAAAUUUUAUUAUAUACACUAUCUCGAAUUUUAUAGGAGCAAUUUACAGUACAACGAUCAUAGAAACAAAAGGAAAAAGUUUAGAAAAUAUUCAGGCAAUGCUAGAAGGAAGAAGUUAUACCUCAGAGAGCACAAUUGUAUUUCAUGGAGAUGAUGAUGAUGAUUAAGAUGUCUAGUUUAACAUAUUAAUGUAUUUUUAUAUUACAAUAUAAAUG